AAGUCUUAGGCACAUAAGAUGUUUCACAAAAGCAUUUGUCUUCAGAUGGUUAUUUAUAUCUUCAGCUUUAGUGUGUCAAUAGGAAAUAUAAAUGUUAGACUCCCAAACAUUAAUUUUGCAAAUAGAAAAGAUUAGAACAGAAGAACAGGGAGCCCUGCAACAGAUGUCAUGGCCCCCACAAAGCCCCCUACUGUACAUCGGGUCAGUCUGGGAUUACAUGAAGAGACAGAAGCAAUUGAGACAGCCUAAAUAGAUAGAAGAACUGUGGCGAAUUCUCCAAGAAGCUUGGGACAUCCUAUCUGCCAACAACCAAGAAAAACUGUUACCAGGUGUACCUAGGAGAAUUGGUGCUGUUUUAAAGGCAAAGGUGGUCACACCGAAUAUUGAUUUAGCUUUUUUAUGUUUACUGGACAUUGUAUGACAUUAAGUGAUGAAAACUAUUUAUUUCAUUAUUUUUGAAGACAUCCUCACUAUGCAACAUUUUUCACAAGUGCCUAAAACUUUUGCACAGUACUGUGUGUGUGUGUGUGUCUAUACACACACACACACACACACACACACAUAUAUAUAUAAUGAUGAUAAUAAAAACAUUCAGGGUUUUAAAUAAUUUUUUAAUUCAAGAAUUUGUUAAAAAGCUAAUCAUAUUUUAUUCUAUUUAGUAAACUCGAGACCAUUAAGAGCAUUUGAAUAAUACAGUAGUUAAAUAAUUUUAAAGCAUUUAUCACGCCAAAUUUAUUGCAAAGAAUGCAAAUAGGAUUACACUCCCUGAACAUAUAAAUAACUGAUGAGGUAGGCUAUUCUACAUGUGGGAAUAUGAUAUAUGAUGUUGCACUUUCUUAUUUUAAUCUGAAACAGACUGUUCCAGUAUUUUUCAGGCCAAAAUUUGUUCCUAUAGUUAAAUGAUUCAGCAAAAAUCAUUUGUCCGUAUUCCGCUUUCUCACAGCUUUACUAUUAUAACAUGUAACCCACUUAAAGCAUCAAAACAAACAAAUAAAGCGCUAAUUAAUGCGAAGCGCCUAAUAAAGCACUCCCAAAGGAUCACAGGAAAUUGAAAGAAGGAACUAUUCGGUCAACGAGAAACAUCACUCCGGGCCGCCACACAUGAGAAAUGGCGCUCUGCUAUUGGCCAUCACUCUUGUCAAUCAAUCCAACGACUCCACCCACCUCAGUGGUCAAGGUUGGUUGAGAAGGCAGCAGUGUGUUUAGUUUGUGCAGUCGAACCUGGACAAGUGACAGAUGAAUUGUCGAAAAUAGAGGAAAAGGGAACGCGGGCGACUCUCCCGUGCACACAAAAAACAUGUUUCCCAAAGGCAAAAGCUCCGUCGUGCCGUCGGAUGGUCAAGCUCGGGAAAAGUUAGCUUUGUAUGUUUAUGAGUAUUUAUUACACAUUGGCGCUCAGAAGUCUGCACAGACUUUUCUGUCAGAAAUCCGAUGGGAAAAGAACAUCACGCUAGGAGACCCUCCUGGCUUCCUGCAUUCCUGGUGGUGUGUCUUUUGGGACCUGUACUGUGCAGCUCCAGAGAGGAGAGAUACAUGUGAGCAUUCAAGUGAGGCGAAGGCAUUCCAUGACUAUAGUGCCGCAGCAGCCCCCAGUCCUGUCCUUGGGAACAUGCCACCAGGAGAUGGCAUGCCAGGUGGACCCAUGCCUCCUGGAUUCUUCCAGGGCCCUCCCGGCUCCCAGGCCUCCCCUCAUGCUCCUCCCCCUAAUAGUAUGAUGGGACCCCAUGGCCAGCCUUUCAUGUCACCUCGCUUUGGUGGAGGACCAAGACCACCCAUCAGAAUGGGAAACCAGCCUCCUGGUGGAGUUCCAACCGCCCAGCCAAUGCUCCCAAACAUGGAUCCUAGACUACAGGGGCCAAUGCAGAGGAUGAAUGUUCCCAGAGGAAUGGGUCCUAUGGGCCCUAGUCCCCAGAAUUUUGGAGGAGGGAUGAGACCACCACACAACUCUAUGGGCAUGCCAGGAGUGAACAUGGGGCCUGGAAAUGGCAGACCACCGUGGCCAAAUCCAAACAACAAUAUGCCUUAUUCAUCACCAUCUCCUGGUGCAUAUGGGGGUCCACAAGGAGGGGGGCCUCCAGGAACACCUGGAAUUGUCCCUAGUCCAGCAGACUCCAACAACUCCAGUGAAAACCUGUACACCAUGAUAAACUCAGGAGGAGGAGGUCGCAACAGCUUUCCCAUAGGCCCAGGCUCUGAGGGCCCUCUAGGGGCCAUGGCAGGAAUGGACCCAAUGCAUAUGAAUGGAGGUUCAGGAGACCUGGAUGGACUUUCAAAGAAUUCUCCCAACAAUAUGAGUGGCAUGAGCAAUCCUCCCGGGACCCCUAGAGAUGAAGAUGUAGGAGGGAGCUACCUUCACUCUUUCCAGAAUGAGAAUUACUCUCCCUCCAUGACCAUGAGCGUCUGAUGCCAGUCUGUUUGCUAAGUCUUGGAAACACAGUUGGCCAUCUAUGACACAGACAGAGUACAUAUACAGGAAAUAGAAUUGGGUGGGACUGCCCUGGGUCCUCACAAGUGGUCCCAUGCAAUAUUAAAAUUAUUUUCGGUUUUUUUUUUUUUUUUUUUUUUAUGGCUAGCAAACUUUUUCUCCUCUCUAAGAUCAGAAGAUCUAAAUGUGACUCGAUGCUCCUGGAAUUGUUUUUCUCCCCCUCUGAGGCCACCUCUCAUUAAGAAGCAAAGUAUGGUUACUGCUGACAUAAUCUCUGGAUGUGUGUACAUUUGUGCGGAAGAGGAAUAUCGCAGUUCACUCUCUCGAAUCCGACAUCCACAUCCAACUUCAGCAUGGUUUACACGUACAAAACUUUCACCAACGUUUUGACACUGAACUCUCAUUCGUGGCCUUGAAUUCUGUGAAUAUUUUAUUGCCUUUUGAUGACCAGUUUUUAUUUUUCUCCAGUGAAAUGCGUCAAGUGGCGAGAGAAUUCGGUCUUUUUUGAAAGGGAAAGACUCACAGUUGUAUUUUACUUGUACACUCAUUUUUGUCUUUUAAGCAUUAUAAGCAGCUGCUUUUUAUGAAUAACUGCAUUGACGGGUCCUGUACUGAAGAUUUUUCUCUGCACUGAUAUCAUGUUCAAUUUUAUUUUUUGGAAAUUUUGACUGCUGUCUCAAUCUUUGGUCAAAGACUGAUACAUUGAUCCUCUCAGAUGCUGACCCUGAUAAACAUACUACCUACGAGACCUUUGCCGCAGUGUCCGCAGGCAGGUGACUGGAUUACCCGCCUGGAUGUCUCCCUGCAAAAUGUUCGGCUGUUGCGUUGAUUGUCAUGAUGAAUUUGUGAUGGUUGAAGAUACCCAUAUCAUGUUGUUUUUUUUACAUGUAAUGCUCUGCCAUGUGCCUCUGUUUUAGCUUUGAUAAUGGAUACUGGUUAUGGGGCCUCAUCACGGAAGGAUGUUGCUUGUGUAAGCCAGACUGUAGCGUGUUCAGGUUUUUGUAUUAAGUUUAAUUUGAGCAACGUCAGACACAGUCAUAAUACAUUUAGAAUGGUAACUUAUUCUAUUUAUACAGACAUUUGGUAAUUGUUUUACAUUUAGUAGUUGUUUUGCACUGCUUUUGUUAGCUUGUGCAUCAUACUUUCAACUGUGGGCUAAAUAGGCUUGUUUAUAUAUUGACUACUAAAUUAUUUGGGUCUUUUUCUGAGGAUAUUUUGUCUUUGUUUUUCGAUCAAUCAUUUAUACUAAUGCAAAAAGGCAGUGUUUGAAAAUCUUUCAGCCUACCUUCAGUUUCCAGCUCAUUGCUUAAAGAGAAAAGGGAAAGCUUAAAUGUGAAAUUAUUUUAUCUUUGGAAAACUAUGUAAAGCUCCUGAUGUUCCCAGACUCCUUUAAGGUAGCAUCUCUCCUAAGGGCCAAGAUCCAGCCAUUUAAUUUCCAUGUAAAUCAUUCUCUUUAAAUCAGUGAACCAGUUACGAUGUAAGAUAAAGUUGUUCCCAAAUUGU